AUGGUCAAAGCAGUAGAUCCAACAAUCAGCAUCAAGGUUCUGCAAGGAGGUGUGAAAAAUCACUUCAAUUACAAGGCGUCCUACAAAAAGAUUUCACUUGUAAAGCAGAGAGUCAUUGCUAGAAUAUAUGGCGAUUGGGAGGAGUCAUACAAUGAGCUUUCUCGUUGGUUAUUCACUAUGCAGAUCCUUGACCUGGUUCAGUUGACACAGUCAUGUUUCAUCGGAUUUUUUUGGACAUUUCUACCGUGCAUUGGGGCUUUUAAGCAUUGCAAGCCACUUAUUUCCAUCGAUAGCACCCACUUAUAUGGUAAAUACGGAGAAACAUUACUGAUGGCCAUUGCUCAAGAUGGAAAUGCAAACAUCUUACUUAUUGCAUUUGCCGUUGUUGAGGGUGAGACGAAGGAGGCUUGGUCAUUCUUUCUUGCAUAUCUGCGGCAGCAUGUCAAACCACAACCAGGCAUCUUAGUGAUUUCAGACAGACACAAAUCAAUUGAUGCUGCGUUGAACGUCGAGGGAAGAUUAUGGAAACCACCUCAUGCCUUUCAGGCAUUUUGUACAAGAUACAUUGCUACCAACUUCAUGACUCACUUCAAAAAUAAGAACUUGAAGAAGGUUCUGGUUAACGCAGUGUAUUCGAAGUCGCAGCGGGAGUUCGCUCAUUAUUUUGGCUGUCUGAGGGGCGAGAAUGCAGCCAUCACAAACUAUCUUGAAAAAAUGCCUUGGAAUGAUUCAGAGGCCCUUGCCCAGCUUCAAGUCGGUGUUGAAUUCUCACAAAUGUUGAUGAAUGUCAUAGAAUUCAACUCAAAACACGUCAACACUGUGAAUGUUUACCAGUUUGAUCGGUCGAGGACUACCUUCACGGUUGAAGAGUUAGCGGCAGCAUAG